GCUCUGUCAAAUCUAAACGGUGAGGUACUGUAAAUGAGAGGUUGUGGAGUGGAGUAUUCAUGGGACGUGUUUGUUCAUGAGAACAUACAAUUAUAGUGCAGAUUGCAUUAACAAAGUGUUCUAAAGGAUAAUUAAAGGCGAUGGGUUCCGGUGAGAGCACGACCAGGAAGGUGUCUUUCGGCCUAGAUGAAGACGAGAGGGUGCGGAUUCUGCGUGGAGUUAAGCUUUCAGAGGAUGUCCUGCAGCGCAUGAGGGAUGCCAGUCAAACCCCUGUAAGCAAUAAGGAAAACCCAGGCCAGCAGGCAAAACCCCAAGCACCAUCAGCACGCACCCAGCCUUCAAAACCACAGCAAAGUCCUCAGUUUGGAUCAGCUGCUUCUGACAACAGAGAAGAGCUAAAAAGAAGGUAUGAACGGGAGCAGGCAAUUAUUCAAGAGGAGCUGGCCCGCAUUGCACGAAAGGAGAGAGAAGCAGCACGACAGGACAUAACCAGAGCUGUGCAGAGGGAGCGACUACAAACACUCCAAGAGUCGGAGAAGGCCAAGCAGCUGCCUGCCGCAGAAAUGGAUGUUUGGGGUAAGCAGCUGGAGAAGAAGGAGGCCGAGCUGAAAGCACUGGAUGCAUUCUACAGGGAGCAGAUUGCACAGCUAGAGAAGAGGAACCUAGAUCACUUCAAAACAUCUGUUGAACAAUUCCAUGCUGCUGCCAACAGGAGUGAGGCUAACAUAAAGCCACGUUGCAUGGAACCAGUGUGCACUAACCUGCAGGCUCAGAUCCUGCUCUGCUACAGAGAAAACCGCAACCAAACCCUGCGAUGCUCAGACCUGGCCAAAGAGUACAUGCAGUGCAUUGAUGCUGCCAAGAAGAAUCUGUUGGUGAAUCGAGGAUGAGGAGGACUCCAACUUGUCAGCAGCAGUGCCACUCUGUUCCCUUUCUCUUAUCAGUGUGCGGGCACUGAAGCACUGCUUUGUCGCCAGCAUGCCUUCUUUUCUUUUCUGUUUCCUUACCAUAUAAUCUUACAUUUUUAAGUUGCACUAUUAUGUACAUGCCACAUUUGACAGGGUGUAAUGAAUACUUUUACCUGUAAGAAAACUGAGAGUGGGUGUUACAAACGCAAGUCUUGAAUUUUAUAAGCGCAUACUCAGGAAAUUCUGGCCAUUUAUUUAUCAGGAUUGUAUUUACUCCAUGUAUGCUUAUAUAUCAUCUUACACUAUAUUGCCAAAAGUAUUCAGGCACCCUUCCAAAUCAUUGAAUUCAGGUGUCCCAAUAAUUUUCAUGGCCACAGGUGUAUAAAACCAAGCCCCUAGGUAUGCAGACUGCUUCUAC